UUGUUUAGCACCUGAUCGCCCCAGCCCUGGGCUAAAGUAAACGUUGAAAAAUUACUUUGUACAGAUGCAUGUGCCGCAUAGCGCGGCUUCGCUCAACACCGCUCUGUGUAAUUACCAUGUUGACGAACUGCAUAUUCGUUCCCAAAUGACAGACAGACAGCAUAUCAUAUUUCCCAAUCAAGCAUGGCCCAAGCAAAAUUUCUAGCCCCUUGCCUCGUUGGGCAGCUCUUUGUUGACAGGGUGGCUGGCUAGUGCGUCGAGUCGCUUACACGUCAGUACCGUCCUCAGAAACGGAUCAUUCCAUUUGCUUGAGAGAAUAGUUCGAUUGCAGACACACAAGGGACGAGCAAGAAAAAUUUCUUCACGCCACAUAGAGGCAGAUCGAGCGGAACGGUUAGGCGCCACAUCCGACAUUAUCUUCACCGCUCCGAGCCUUUCAAGAUGAGUGCUAUGCAGCCUAGUUUGAUGCAUGGCAUCAAAGUAUUGCUGUUAGAUAUUGAGGGAACCGUUUGCCCAAUUUCCUUUGUUAAAGAUGUUCUUUUUCCCUAUGCGUUGAAUGCCCUACCAGCUGUCCUUGAUGAGCAGUGGGAUCAACCUGCCUUCGCUGUGUAUCGUGAUGCGUUUCCAGACGAAUUCCGCAACGAUCGCAGUCGUCUUGAGGAGCAUGUCCGGGAUUUGGUUAGCAGAGACGUCAAAGCCCCAUAUCUUAAAGCGCUCCAAGGACAUCUCUGGCUCCAAGGCUAUGAGUCUGGCGUCUUAAAGGCGCCACUUUUCGCAGAUGUUCCAUCGUUCAUAAAAGAUGCUCAUGCUGCCGGAGUCAAGGUCAUAAUAUAUUCCUCCGGAUCGGUCGCCGCUCAGAAGCUGUUCUUCAAGCACACAAGCGCAACGCCUUCUGACAUGUCCAGCUUCAUUUCGGGAUGGUUCGACACUGUUAAUGCUGGACCAAAGAUCGAAGCGGCAAGUUAUGAAAUCAUAUUAGCCGCCGAAAGCGGCGUAGAUGCUUCUCAGUGGCUUUUUCUGAGUGACAACAUCAAUGAGGUUAAAGCAGCUAGAGCUGCUGGUAUGCAAAGUGUGCCAGUCGUGCGACCCGGAAAUGCACCGCUUCCAUCAGAACUUGAUUUAUCAAACCAAGCAGUCACGAGCUUCCAUUUUAACUAGAAGUACUCCGAGCUAAAUAGUUAACUACCGUUGUCUAAACGCACUGUGAUGGCUGUGUCUUGAAUAGAGAUGAAGAGGUGGUUAUAUGCCAGAUCAGUGCACUGUUCUAAAAGAUAAGACGUUUAAUAAUACAUGUAUUUUGUGGCUAGAGACUGGUGUAGUUACUGCUUCUUAAGUGUAACCACGAAGUUGUUGCGAGAUCGACCAGGAUUCACUUCCUUCUUUGGUAACGUAUAUCCUGCAAUGGCCAGUGUUUUAUCAUAUGUCCAUAACGAAUAAAUCAAUUUUUGAGUCAGCUUACGCUGAAUAUUAUGAAACCCGAGCCCGUUCAUCAAAUCUUUCAAGCGUUCUUCAGUAAAAUACCUUGAAUUGUCGACACAACUGCGUGGGAGUACAAGAAAUAGAGAAGGGAACAAGUCUGGGCACUCUAGAUCGUCGGCCUUGUAAAGAAAUUUUGCAGUUAAACGAAGCAUUUCGCCUCGUAAAGCCGCGUCGGGCACAAAGUUGAGAACAAGACUUAAUGAAAUCAUGUUGAAUCGAUCUGUGUCGCUUUGUGGAAGUGGCCUUUGCAUGAAAUCUUGUUGCAAUAUGCCAGGUUCUUGACUAUUCAAGUCAAUCCGAGUCACAUCGAAGAUUCCACUGUUAGAGCAAGCAUUCUUGACGCUCAAGGCUCCAACUUCCAGCAGCUUUAGCCGCUGGGAGGCUUUCUUAAUGUCAUCAACAGGCAGCCAAUCUAGAAGAACUUUCGAGGUAUCACCACCCCUAUCAGAACUUUGACCUUGUAAACUAGCCUGCUGAUAUUUUGAUAUCCCGCCCAGGCUCGAGAUUUCUGUGGCAAGUCUUGAAGCAGUAGCCGUGUCACCUCGCCCUUGGGCAACGAGUCUCUGCUUCUCCAGUUGGUGAUGUUUAUUUAUAAGCGUUCUGCUGGUUUUUCUUGACAUCGAGGUAGAAGGUCGUGCACUUGGCGGCCGACCAGCCGAAAGACUUUUUAUACGCUUCUUUUGAAUAGCCAUCGCGCCGAUAGGAGGACCUCAACCUCAUCAACGUUCUAC